AUGCGGCGUCUGCGGGGUAGGAUGCCGAAGGUCGCUGGUGUCAUUGUAACAUUGCUCCAUUACCGAUAUCCCAUUAUUCUUAAUGGCUUAUCACCUCAUUCUUCGUUAUCCAAGGUGUCAUCCUACGUUGUUUACCUUUAUGGGAGAGGCGGGGAAGAAUGUGCGUUCCAGCGAGGCGACUACUUGGCGUUCUUCGUCGACACCCCCAACACCCCGCUCAAUGCCACCCCUGCUAUAUAUGUUAUUACUCAGUUUGUUUAA